CAUUUAGAAGCCAUGGAAGUUCAACAAGGUCUCCACAUGAAUGGAGGGAAUGGAGAAACUAGCUAUACUAAUAACUCCAAAUUUCAAGAACUAGGGAUAACCAAGGCAAAACCACUGGUGAAUCGGAUAAUUUCAGAUUGGUAUUCCACUAAUUUACCUCGAUGUUUAAGGAUAGCAGAUUUGGGUAGCUCAUCAGGGCCCAACGCCUUACUGGUGAUCACACAGAUUAUUGAGGCUAUCGAUGAAACAUGUAAUCAGGUGAAUUGUAAUAUGCCAGAAUUCCAAGUGUUCCUCAACGAUCUUCCAAGUAAUGACUUCAACACCAUUUUCAAGACCUUACCUGCCUUCUAUGAACAACUAAAGAAGGAGAAGGGUGAAAAGUUUGGGCCAUGUUCCAUCUCAGGGUUACCUGGUUCUUUCUAUGAGAGGCUCUUUCCAAGCACUACUAUAGACUUCUUUCAUUCCUCUAACAGCCUUCAUUGGCUCUCUCAGGUUCCUCCAAUAGUUGAGAGUAACAAGGGGAAUGUUUACUUGGCAAAGAUGACUCCUCCUAGUGUACUCAAAGCAUACUUAGUGCAAUUUCAGAAGGAUUUCUCCCUAUUUCUUAGUUUGCGCUCUAAGGAAAUAACAUCAGGAGGGCGAAUGGUCAUAAUAAUGUUAGGCAGGAGAAGUGAAGAUCCCUUUGGCAAAGAGGGUUACGUUUUGGAGCUCUUAUCUAAGUCACUAAAUGACUUGGUCUCUGAGGGUCUUAUUGAAGAAGCUAAAGUAGAUUCAUUCAAUUUGCCAAUCUAUAUGCCUUCUAGUAAAGAAAUAGAAGGUAUAGUUUGUGUAGAAGGAUCAUUUUAUAUUGAUCAACUAGAAAUCUUUGAUGUCAAUUGGGGUGCAAGUGAUGAUGAUGACAACAAAGAGUUUGUGUUCGAUAGAUUUAUAAGUGGGCAGAGAGUGGCAAAGUGUAUAAGAGCAGUGUCAGAAUCCUUGCUCGCUAGUCACUUUGGUGAUGCUAUAAUUGAUACUUUAUUCAGUAGGUUCAUGGAGUAUGUCAGCGAACACCUCUUAAAGGAGGGUAAGUUUGUUAAUUUUGUCAUUUCCUUGAGAGGGAAGUGAUGUUUUGGGACUUUGAGGAGU